AUGCCGCUCCAGCCUUCGUCGUCGGCGAUUCACGUACACAGCUCACUAAAUACCUCUACUGCUGCUCAAAAUGCACCGCGAACACCGACCAGUGUAACGAUCCACCCCGUCGCUCUUUUCUCGAUUCUCGACCAUUAUCUGCGACGGACUGACAAGCAGGACCGUGUCCUGGGAACUUUGCUUGGUACACGGACGGAAACGGGGGUGGAGGUCCGCUCGUCGUUCGCUGUGCUUCACAGCGAGACCAGCGAGCAGGUGGCAGUGGACAUGGACUACCAUCGGACGAUGUACGACCUUCAUCAUAAAGUGAACUCGAAGGAGGUUAUCGUUGGCUGGUACUCUACGGGCUCAAACCUUAAUACUUUUUCUGCUCUCAUUCAAAAUUUCUAUUCGCAAGAAACGGCCCCUCACCAGGCUAUCCAUGUUGCUCUGAAUACCGGCAUAGAUGACGGUGAGCCCGCUGGCAUAAAAGCCUACUUCAGCUCACCAGUGGGUGUAUUCCCAAGACCCGAAAAUUGCGUGUUUGUCCCAGUACCCGUCGAGCUACGGUUCCAUGAUGCUGAGCGGAGUGGACUCGAUCUCUUGACGUCAACUGCGGUAUCACCCAAUUCGACGAGCAACCAGCCCUUGGCUGACCUGGAAAUCCUCGAGCAAUCUAUCCAGAACGUAUCUGACAUGCUUGACCGCGUGCUGGUAUACGUGCGAUCGGUACUGGCUGGAGAGACGAAGGGUGAUCCGGCGCUCGGGAGGUACCUGAUGGAUACGCUAGGCGCUAGUACGGAUGAUCUAGAGAAGGGCGGCUUUAAUGCGAGUCUACAGGAUACACUGAUGAUCUCGUAUUUGGCGAACCUGGUACGGGCACAAGCAGAGGUGUCCUCUCGGCUAGCGCUCGUCACUUCUGCUUGA